AGUGCUGUGGCUCAAAUACUCGGACCUGCUCUACAACGUAAUACACUCCAUCAACACGAUGAGUUCGACGAAUCCGCAAUAACUGUUGAGAAUGCUCAGCAUCUUCGUCUUCUCUAUCAGAUUCGUGAAGUUCUUCAACGACGCAACACUUUAUAUCAUACUGUCAAUGCUAUGGUUGACUUGCCUCGUACAUCUAGUGCCGUGACCCUUUCCGCGUCGAUUCAACCACAGCAUCAGGAUCCCGCUUGCUCAACGAAAGCUGCCAUUUGCUCUAAACAGUGCGAAAAUUGUAAAAACAAUCAGCAAAAGCUCAUAUAUCUCGCAAAUUUAAUGGAAAAUAUACGUAUCGGACAGAGCAAUUUGAACAAAUUAGUCUCCCAACAUGAAGGCGGAUCCGACGUCCACAAAGUUUCUAGAACAUCAUCCAAUAAUACUAGCACAACUCAGCCGGCCACCCAAAGAGUUGCGGUGCGUACUUCAAAAACAACGGUAAGUUGA